AUGGAGCACUCAGGUGAUAGCUUUGAGUACCUGUUGCAUUUAACCAAGGUAUUGAGCACAGAGUGUCGAACGACAAGACAAGGUACCGAGAGAAUAGAGCACUCAGUAAAAAGACUGGCCAAAAUCAGCCAAGUAUCAUACGAAGAGCUAUCUAAGACACCAGAACCGGAAGUCUGGCAAAAAUACCGCGUACUGAGUGCCGAAAACGAAAAGGACAGACUAAUAAGGGAAAACUACGCUAUCAUAUACCAGAUAGAACGCCAGGAAUACGUCUGCCGACGGAUAUGGGCCCUCAUCGAUCAGAUCGAAGAUCUCCUUGAGUCGAUCAAACAAUUUGUUGUCGAACAAAGAGCACAUAGGGUCCGUACCGAGUCUCAAUUUGUUGAAAGUGUCGUACAAUCGCGUAUCGCAGUGGUACAGGCCAAUUCGCAAGACUUGACUACGUCACAACUUUCAUCUCAAACUAAGCUGAAUAUGUUAGUACGAGAGCUGCGAGAAGUAUGCGACCAAGUAGACUGGGCGCAACUUCCCGCUUCAAGGGAUGCCCACUCUUUACACAGCAAACUUCUCAAGGCACAGGAAAAAUACAAACUAGAUCUCAUAAAAAAUUAA